CACUGCAUUCCAGCCUAAGCAAGGAGAAUGAAACUCCUUCUCAAAAACAACAACAAACCACAAAGGCUUUUAAGCAGAGGGUGGUCAGGCUCAGCUUAGUAUUUUACAAAGACCACUCAGGCAACUGUGUGGUGGACCAGUUGGAGCCAAGCAGUGAGACCAGAUGAAGCAAAGGAACCCAGAGAAGAAAAAGGGUUUUCUCAACAGUCUCUUAGUAAUUAGUGUCAGCUUUAGACUUUCUAACUCCCAAUGCAGUGAAUUCCUCAUAAUUCUUACCGCAUUUUACAGAGGAGGCAACUAAAACCCAGCAAAGGAAAGUCAGUGUGUCUAAGUGAUAGAAAUGGGAGUACAGCCCAGGUGAUUCCCUCCUGCCCAGUCUUCUGGUACCCCUUUUUUGGGUGAGCUGGGGAUAAGGGGCACUGUUGGGCUGUGCCUCCAGGUGGACUGAAGAAUGCAUGUGGCCGCAGGGCGUGCUGGUGAAGCACAGCAAGAAUGUCUACAAAGCCGUAGGCCACUACAACGUGGCUGUCCCCUCUGAUGUCUCCCACUUCCGGUUCCACUUCUUUUUCAGCAAACCCCUGCGGAUCCUCAACAUCCUCCUGCUGCUUGAAGGCGCUGUCAUUGUCUACCAGCUGUACUCCCUAAUGUCCUCUGAAAAAUGGCACCAGACCAUCUCACUAGCCCUCAUCCUCUUCAGCAACUACUAUGCCUUCUUCAAGCUGCUCCGGGACCGCCUGGUAUUGGGCAAGGCUUACUCAUACUCUGCUAGCCCCCAGAGAGACCUGGACCACCGUUUCUCCUGAGCCCUGGUGUAGCCUCAGGGACAGCGUCCAGGCUUCAGCCAGGGGCUCCCUGGCAAGGGGCUGCUGGGUAGAAGUGGGAGGGGGGGCAAAAAAAAAAAAAAGACAAAAAAAUCCACCAGAGCUUUGUAUUUUUGUUACGUACUGUUUCUUUGAUAAUUGAUGUGAUGAGGAAAAAGUCCUAUUUUUAUACUCCCAA